GCGUGUGCGUGCGUCGAGCGUCUGGCAGAGAGACUGCGGGAUCAGCAAAGAGACUAUUUCUCAAGUUGCCUCCUCUCCGCGCUCUCCGCUCUGCCCCCGGUGUCGCUGGAGUCUCUCUCCUCCUCUUCCCCGGGACACACGCAGGCAUCUGUGGUGGUGAGAUGUGAAGAGGCUUAAAGUAUGGCAUGCAAAGAUGGUUUCUGCCAAGAAGGAGAUGGUGAAAGCGAUGUGUCCUGCUCUCAUUCGGACCCUCCUCUACUUUUUCUGUUUGGCCACUUGUGUAAAGAAAAUCUCUGGUCAGACACGGAAGGAUGAAAGGCUCUAUCCGGCGAAUUUCACUCGCAUUUUAGACCGACUUCUGGACGGAUACGACAACAGGCUGCGACCUGGAUUCGGAGGUCCUGUGACUGAGGUCAAGACUGAUAUUUAUGUGACAAGUUUUGGGCCUGUUUCGGAUGUGGAAAUGGAGUACACAAUGGACGUGUUCUUUCGCCAGACAUGGGUGGACCAGAGGCUGAUGUAUGAAGGCCCCAUUGAGAUUUUAAGGCUGAACAACCUCAUGGUGACGAAGGUGUGGACUCCCGACACGUUCUUCAGGAACGGCAAGAAGUCAGUGGCUCACAACAUGACGGCUCCUAACAAGCUCUUCCGCAUCAUGAAGAAUGGCACCAUCCUCUACACCAUGAGGUUGACUAUCAGUGCUGAGUGUCCCAUGAAGCUGGUGAACUUCCCCAUGGAUGGACACGCAUGUCCCCUCAAAUUUGGAAGCUAUGCUUAUCCUAAAACAGAGAUGAUCUAUACUUGGACCAAAGGGCCUGAGCACUCAGUGGAGGUUCCACCCGAGUCCUCCAGCCUCGUUCAGUACGAUCUUAUCGGCCAGACGGUGUCCAGUGAGACCAUUAAGUCCAUCACUGGUGAAUAUGUGGUGAUGACAGUCCACUUCCACUUGAAACGUAAAAUGGGCUACUUCAUGAUUCAGACGUAUAUCCCCUGCAUAAUGACAGUGAUCCUCUCCCAAGUGUCCUUCUGGAUCAAUAAGGAAUCAGUGCCGGCGCGCACAGUCUUUGGCAUUACCACCGUCCUGACCAUGACGACACUCAGCAUCAGUGCCCGCCACUCUCUCCCCAAGGUCUCCUAUGCCACUGCGAUGGACUGGUUCAUUGCCGUCUGCUUUGCCUUCGUCUUCUCUGCCCUAAUUGAGUUUGCUGCUGUAAACUACUUCACCCAAGCGCAGAUCGAGCGGGCCAAAAAGAAGCCGGCCAAAUGUCCCCCUGGUCCCCAAACAACGCCUGUCAAGGUCAAGGACACAGAGGAAGUGCUGCAGCAAAAUUCUGAUACCAACGGUAACCUGAGAAAGCGGAUGAAUUAUAUCUAUCAGCAAGAGCCGAACAGCCACCAGAGAGCCCAGUCCACCACCAGCAUUUCAGUCGUAGGAAGAGCCAGACCACUGCGACCUUUAGCCGCCGGAGUCAACGGGAGCUCCUCCACCCUCUCCCGUGUCAGCCCCAAGUCUGAGAGCCUGCUCAGUGUAGCGUCGUCCUCGGCUCAGCUGGUGAAGAGUGCACCUCAGGCCGCCGCCUCCACGCCAGAUGUGAUGGCGGGGACACCAUGCAAGCAGAACACCCCCACCACCACCACCACCUCCUCCUCCUCUUUGCAGCAUCUGCUGGGCCCCAAGCUGGAGCGCAUCCAGAUGAUGGGGAACAAGGUGGAGCUGAAGCAGACGCCAUGCUCCCAACCCACCACUGCUGGUAUGGGUGGCACCAGCAAAAUUGACAAAUAUGCACGGAUCCUCUUCCCGGUCUCCUUUGGGGCAUUUAACAUGGUCUACUGGGUGGUGUACUUAUCAAAGGACACCAUGGUGGCUAAAGGUGGUUAGAUGUUGUUCCGGCAACUGUAGUCCUUGACUUUUAUCAGACGGACAGCAAAUAAGGAUUAUGGAAGUUUGCAAACAAUCUGGGAAAUUGUUGUUCCUUACAUUGUGCUCGGUCAGCACGAGCAUAUCCUGGAGAAUAUCCUUCAUUCCUCGACGAGCAAGCUUUGGAGCAAAUCAACCAAAUUAGAAACAUCUGACUCAACAUUUGAAAACCCACCUGCACACUGGAAUAUGCUACUGACCUCUUUAUAUUACGCCGCGCAUACGUGCAACUCUGAAGGUUUUCAUCGUCUUCAACUGCCUCGUGAUCCUCUUUUGGCCUGCAGUCAAGACAAAGCAUGGGAUUUUUUUCAUUUUCCUAUUUUUGUAUCCUGCACCUGGCAAGAUGUUCAGAUGUGUGAGCCACUCUCCUGAAAUGAACUACUCUACACUCUGUAAAUAUAUAUAUAUAUAUAUACAUAUAUAUAUAUUUAUUAGGUUAAAUGGAUUUAUAUUUAAUGACGACAGUGUACUUCCAUUUCAGUAUUAUAUAACUUGUUGCUUCCCCUCCCCAGCCAGCGAGAUGACAGUAGAUUUUUCUGAAAUGAUUUGACAAAGGAACUGUAUUGGAGCUGCUCUGGGGACUCUCAGUUUAGACUGAAAAGUUAUAAUUCCUCACUCUUGGCCAGAUGACGUCAAAGUCAAAGGAAGAUGAUUUUGGUUAGAAUUAAAUCCUCAAACAGGCUGAGUGGAGCUUUCAGACCUUGGACCCGAUCAGCCAUGCAAAGCCUCCGUUGUACAGUACUUAUAUAAAAUGGACAAACUAAUCUGGAAAUACUGAAGAUAGAAAUUUAAGGAUUGGUCUGGCAGGAAUUAGUCAAGACAAGUUAUUAUUUCAUGUAACAGUAGUACAGUAUUUAAGCUUCUUUUCUGCUAUAAUGGGUCACCAAAUAGUAGACAAAAAUUGUGUGUGUGUUUCAAAUAAAGCCAUAGCAUGAACAAACAGACGGAGCAGAGAGAAUAAAGCCAUCAGUCAUUACAUCACUGCACCAAAGACAAAAAGUGAGAUGGAUGAGGGUUAGGAACAUUAUUGCUUGCACAGAAAAAACAACAACACUGAACUCUUCUAGUUCAGCUCAGCAGGACACAACAUAGCAGGUGACUGCUGUCGUCCACAUUCUUCAGCCAUGUCUAACAGAUGUAGGUGAAUGAAUCUGCUUAAGCUGUCCCCAUACACAUUCAUUUUAAACAUUCAUUCAGGCUGAUUUUAAUCUGAAGGUCUGGAAGGACAGAAGCCUAAAGUGGAAACGCCUGCGGACACAGCUGAUUUUUAGCUUUCAGGAAACAACAUUUAGUUUUUUACCAGCAAAAAAAUAAAAAAUAAACUUCUUAAAGAAAUGGUUCUGUGAUGUGAGCAAUAUUCUUAUCUGCUGAGCGUUAGAUGAGGAGAUCGAUACCCACCCUUUUGUGUGCAGCGGUUGAAAAAUGUGACCAUAGGUGUGAAGUGAAGUGUGAGCGCUUGACUCUGUACGUCGGCUCUGUAAUGGACUGGGAACUGGCUCAUGACAUACAGGCAGUUGCAUUUUUUUUGUUUUUUUUUCUUCAUAUAUUGAAUUCAGUUCAAUUGUCAUAUUGAAGGAAAACAAGGAAAGAAAACCCCUACGGUAUAGAAAACAAGAUGACGACAUAGACCCCCACCUGCCACUACCUGAUAAAUGAAUCAUGGGUUAUGUGACUACCUUUGUGACACAACAUGAUGUCACACAGUUAGUGCUCUGGUUUGUGGCUGAUGGAGGUGAAGUAGGGGUUUAUUGUCAUUGAGUUGCCUUUUCUGCACAUGUAAUAUGUGACAUCCUGCUAUAAAUACAUGCACAGAAGACACCCUGACAGUUUUCUUGCCUUAGAAAAGAGUCUUAGCCUUUAUAUGCACUCGAGGCAUGGGCCUUGCUUUGUAGAGACAAAAGACUACUUUUUACUACACAAAAGAAGAAUGGUGUAAUUAUUUUGGACCGUGAGGGCCACUGUAGUUCCAUGACAAUCGACAACAAUCUGCAGUCUCACAAACUAAUGCUUGCACACUAGAGCUUUAAUAAAAUGCUAAAUAGAUGGGGAUGUACAUUUCCGGAUGGCUUGAAUCUGCUCUUCGUCAUUGACUGCAUGGUCACAGUUUGCAGAAGUGAAAGGUUAAACAAUCGGUGGAUGUGUGUGGUGUGUGUGGGGACUCGUGAUGUAGUAUAGGCGCCUGUUUUCCUGCUCUAAUAGCCACAUCAUCCACACAAUCGCGGCUGCUGGCCACUGUUGAUGGUUGUGUGAAGCUGGUGGUUUGAUGCUGCCACUGUGGUGAGAAACACCCGGACUGAUGGACAGAUCAAGAUGCCCGCCAUCUUUCGCCUCUCCUAAAUGCAGUCAUGUGUGAAAUUGAUUUUGCCGUUUCCUCCCUGUUGGUCCCUUCACGCCAUCCCCUUGUCUCUGUCUCCCACAACAGUGGACAAAAUAUAUCUAUACUAUAUCACACUGACACAGAACAUCCAUGUACUAAUGAGGACUCUGUCAACAACAGAUGGAUGUUCCGUGUCAGUGUGGUGUGGAUCUGCUGCUCUAAAUGUGUGCAUGAUUUAUGGAGCUGCCAACGGCAGGUUGUGGGUUUUCUGGUCUUUAUUUAUUCUUUUCACCAAAAAUGUUGCUUUGGAUGACAGACAGAGAGUUAAUGAUGCUCCACAUGUUCACUGUCAUUCUAAGAUCUGACAAUUAAUCUUCAUACUUUUUGGCUUUUUCAAAUACUUUAAAAGUGUCCUUUAAAAGCAAAAGAGUGCAAGUGGUUUAAAAUGACGCAUUCACUCUAACUUUAGAUCAUUUCUGAAUUAAAUCACAGUGCAAGGCUCCCUCUAGUGUCUAAAGGAUAAAAGGAUAUACUUUAAAACUUGUGAAAAAUACAAGUACACACAUUUUUGAAACAUUUAGAAAGUCUUAUGUACAAUGUAAAUUAACAAAGAACUGGAAGGUUCCAUAAAAAAUAAUUCUAAUUCUAAUAAUAAUUUUAUUUAAUGGAGGAAAAAAGCUUACCUGAAAUAAUUAUAAUUAAUUUUGUACUGCCUAUCAUCAUAUGGAUGAGUAAAAGGUAAUCUGACUAACAUCAUUUUCCAUCAACAUAUAUCAUAACAGAGUGACUUUUAAAUGUAUUUUAAAUAUCAGACUAGUUUUAUUUCACAAAAU